AUGCUUCUCUUACUUUACACACUCACAUUUUGCAAUCACUUUCAUACAAAGGCAGAAAAAACACUUUGCCAAAUGAUGGGAGAUCCGAAGUACCCGCUACUUUCCAAGGAGGGUGAAGCAACUAUUGGAGGAAUUUUUGCAAUGCACAGUAAAGAAACAUUACCUUCAUUUGAGUUUACACAAAAACCUCAGCCUCUCUUAUGCUCCAGUGUGAAUCUACCAGAUUUCCGUCUGGCUCAAAUAAUGAUAUUUGCCAUUGAAGAGAUAAAUAGAAGUGAAAUGUUGCUCCCAAAUGUUUCUAUUGGUUACCAAAUCUAUGAUACCUGUAGUUCAAGAAUGUCUUCUAUGAGUGCAACUAUGGGACUGAUGAAUGGUCCAGAGUUUGCAGCAGGGGAGACAUGCAAUGGACAGUCUUCUAUACAUGCUAUCAUAGGAGAAACGGAGUCUUCUGCCACAGUGAUUCUGUCCAGAACUACAGGACCUUUUAAAAUUCCAGUGAUAAGUCACACAGCCUCAUGUGAAUGUCUCAGUAAUAGGAAAGAUCACCCCUCAUUCUUCAGGACUAUUUCUAGUGAUUACCACCAGAGCAGAGCACUUGCAUACAUUGUCAAGCACUUAGGCUGGUCUUGGGUGGGAGCUGUAAACAGUGACAAUGACUAUGGAAACUAUGGAAUGGCCAUAUUUCUGAAUACAGCACAGAAAGAGGGGAUUUGUGUAGAGUACUCUGUGAAAUUCUAUCGAACAGAGCCAGAAAAACUCAAAAAAGUGGUAGAUACAAUAAAAAAAGGCACCGCAAAAGUGAUUGUUGCAUUUGUUUCAUUUAUUGAGAUGGGCUUACUUAUUGAUCAGUUAAAUAUUCUGAAUAUUACAGGCCUCCAAAUAAUUGGAGUGGAAGGAUGGAUAACAUCAACGAGUUUGAUUACACCAAAGAGUUUUCAGGUGAUGGGAGGGUCACUGGGGUUUGCAUUGAGAAAAAUCAACUUGGAAGGGUUUUCCAAUUAUGUUGUAAAAGCAUUUUGGGACACAGCUUUUCCAUGCUCACAGAUUAAGGGGAAUCCCUCUCAAUAUGCAAUAAAUUGCAGCAUAUAUCAAGAUCUACUUGCACUGAAAAACUACAAUGAAGAUGUGCCUGAGCAAAGAUAUUCAAGUCACGUCUACAAAGCAGUUUAUGCUGUGGCUCAUUCACUGCACAGUCUACUAAAGUGCAAAGAACAAGAAGGUUGUGAGAAAGGCCUGACAAUAAAACCACAGCAGGUGGUUGAGGCACUGAAAAAAGUAAAUUUUACCGUGAAGUUCGGAGAUCGUGUGUGGUUUGACAGAACUGGUGCCGCAGUAGCCCAAUAUGAAGUAGUGAACUGGCAGCAGGACUAUGAUGGAUCAUUACAAUUUAAAUCAGUGGGAAACUAUGAUGCCUCACUGCCCCCUGACCAGCGCUUUGUGCUCAAUACUGAAAACAUAAUCUGGGCUAGAGGACAACUGGAGAAGCCAAGCUCUGUUUGCAGUGAAAGCUGUCUUCCAGGCACUAGGAAGGCUGCACAAAAAGGAAGACCUGUCUGCUGUUAUGACUGUAUUCCAUGUGCAGAAGGAGAAAUCAGUAAUGAGACAGAUUCAAAUAAUUGCAAGCAGUGUCCAGAGGAAUACUGGUCUAAUGCUGAAAAAAAUAAAUGUGUGUUAAAGGCUGAAGAGUUUCUGUCAUUCACAGAAGUUAUGGGUAUAGUGCUAGUCUUUUUCUCACUCUUUGGAGCAGGAUUAACUGUGCUGGUGGCCAUCCUGUUUUACAGAAUGAGGGACACCCCCAUAGUAAAAGCCAACAACUCAGAGCUGAGUUUCCUGCUGCUCUUCUCACUGACUCUGUGUUUUCUCUGUUCACUUACUUUCAUUGGUCAGCCCAAUGAGUGGUCAUGUAUGUUGCGUCACACAGCAUUUGGAAUCACUUUUGUCCUCUGUAUCUCCUGUGUUCUGGGGAAAACAAUAGUGGUGUUAAUGGCCUUCAAGGCUACACUUCCAGGAAGUAAUGUCAUGAAAUUGUUUGGACCUGCACAACAACGACUCAGUGUUCUUGCCUUUACACUUAUACAGGUUCUUAUAUGUGUGCUGUGGCUAACAAUAUCACCUCCAUUUCCAUACAAAAAUAUGAACUAUUUUAAGGAAAAGAUCAUUCUUGAGUGCAGUCUGGGCUCUACUGUAAGUUUCUGGGCUGUUCUGGGUUAUAUUGGCCUACUGGCUGUCUUGUGCUUCAUUUUAGCUUUUCUGGCUCGCACACUGCCUGAUAACUUCAAUGAAGCCAAAUUCAUCACAUUCAGUAUGCUCAUAUUUUGUGCUGUAUGGAUCACAUUUAUACCAGCUUAUGUCAGUUCUCCUGGAAAAUUUACUGUAGCUGUGGAGAUAUUUGCCAUUUUAGCCUCAAGCUUUGGUUUACUAUUCUGCAUAUUUGCACCUAAAUGUUAUAUCAUCCUGCUUAAGCCUGACCAAAAUACAAAGAAACAUAUGAUGGGAAAAACCACAUGCAGAACAUACAUGAGCAUGACGGGGAAUUUCAAAAAUGCCUCCAUCAACCGCUUGUGGGAGAUCAAGCAAGAAAGUGACUCAAACCAAGUACAGCUGCAUUUUGGUCAUCCGGUUUUUGCCAAAGAGUGUGGUAUUCUCCUAUGUGGGAAUGUUGUGCAGAAAAGCCCAGUGAUUCUGAAAAAUGAAACAGAGCAUGACAUUUUAGUCCCUGCAAAGAGUGUCAUCGCAGAAUUACAUUCGCUGCAGAGUGUGAUUACUAAAGAGGCUGUGACAGGGUCCAGCAGUCAGGUUGAAGUUACCAAGCCUUAUACUUUUGAUUUUGGUGGCUCACCAAUACCUGGUGAAUGGAAGGACCGAAUUUCACAAAAAUUGUGUUCAAUCUCAGAAGUCUUUGCCCUUCAUGAUCUUGAUUUCGGUAGGACAGAUAAGGUGACACAUCGUAUAAGGCUGCAUGAUGAAACCCCGUUUAAACAGAGAGCUCGGCCUAUAGACCCGCAAGAUUAUGAUGCCGUUCGAAAGCAUCUGCAGGAAUUAUUGGAUGCUGGUGCCAUUCGGGAGUCUGAGUCCUCUUUUUCUUCACCCAUAGUAGUCGUUCGGAAGAAAAACGGGGAUAUUCGACUCUGUGUUGACUACCGCAAACUUAACCUGCAAACAAUCAAAGAUGCUUACGCAUUGCCUAAUUUGGAGGAGACUUUUUCUGCCCUCACUGUUUCUCGCUGGUUUUCCGUUUUAGAUCUCAAGUCUGGUUACUACCAGAUUGAGGUCGAGGAGUCAAAUAAACACAAGACCGCUUUUGUCUGCCCGUUAGGUUUCUGGGAGUUCAAUCGAAUGCUGCAGGGGGUCACGAAUGCUCCCAGGUUCUCAGGGUACUACCGGAGACUUAUCCGGGAUUAUGCCGUCAUUGUGAAACCUUUAAAUGAUUUAACAUCUGGGUAUCCGCCACAUCGCAAGGGCUGUAAAGCCAAGGAAAUGAAAGACUACCACAAUCCCAAGGAAACUUUUGGGAGCCGUUGCUGA